GGUAAUUAACCUCUUUUCGAAACCCUAACAAAUCUCCCCCAAUCACGAAAACUAAUGUCCUUAAGCAAAUUCCACGGUGGCUCCUCCUCCUCCUCUACCACGGCUUGCGCUGCUUGUAAAUACCAGAGGAAAAAGUGCACCGAACACUGUAUUCUCGCUCGUUACUUCCCACAAGAAAAACAAAAUCAGUUUCUAAACGCCCAUAAACUGUUUGGAGUAAGCAACAUCACAAAGUUCAUCAAAGGAGUUGAAGAAUGUCAACGGGACAUAGCUAUGAAUAAUCUUAUCUUCCAUGCUAAUGCUCGUGCUCGAGAUCCAGUUUGGGGAGUUUGCAAGAUCAUGCUUGAUCUGAAGCACCAGAUUGCUUGUACUCAGGCUGAACUUAACUUAGUUCAUCAUCAGAAUCUUGCCAUGUGUCAAACUAUAGCUCUCCAGCAGCAAUUUGGUUGCUAUUCGUACGGAGAUUUAUUAGAACAAGGAGACGAAUACCUUAAUAUUGAUGGUCAUGUUCAUCAGAAAUAGAGUCAGAUGUUUAUGGACAUGCCUAUCAAGCUUGAGAAGAAAAAGUUUCUGUGGACACAAGAAUGCAAUGAACCAGAUAACUAGUCUUUUGGUUUUUGUACACACUAUCCAAAGUUUAGGUUUAAUUUGUUUUCGUGUUACCACGGCUCUUUUCUUUGCUAUAGUUUCUCAGAUUGUCCAAAUCUAUCCUCGUAAUAGUAGCAGUAUUUU